CUUUUGUUUGGCGGCGGCGGCUUGUUACAAAAUCAACAAAAGUCGGUACUUUUAGGGAUUUCCAUUUCUGAAACUCUGUUGCUUCGACACGUAGUUCCCAUCGCCCAGAUCCAAGACUCCCCCAACCCCCUCCGAUGAACUCAGUCGGAGCCACGAGAAUCUAGGCUCUGCCCCGGGAGCUUCAGUGGCAAUAUAAGGGUAAUCGACGAAAUUCUUUUGGUUUUUCUGUUCAUUUCUAACUUCAAUUUGCAUGCUUAAGUUGGAUCAAACUCAUACUAGAGGGGAUGGAUCUAGAUCCCUGGCCUCCAUUCUUUCGAACUGGAAAGAAUAUAAUGAACAACUGGAUGCUUGCAACAAUGAGGAUAAACCAGUUCGGAAAAUUCCUGCCAAGGGUUCGAAGAAGGGAUGCAUGAAAGGUAAGGGAGGCCCAGAGAACUCGCGAUGUAACUACAGAGGUGUUCGGCAGAGGACAUGGGGGAAGUGGGUUGCAGAAAUUCGGGAGCCAAACAGGGGGAGUAGACUUUGGCUAGGUACUUUUCCUACUGCCAUUGCAGCUGCUUUUGCUUAUGAUGAGGCUGCAAGAGCCAUGUAUGGUUCCAGUGCCCGCCUCAAUUUUCCCAACAUUAAGAUAUCCUGUUUCUCGAAGGAAUGUACCAAGGAUUCUUCUUUAGUCGCAACAACACCAUCAGGUUCAUUGACAGUGGCAACUCCUGCCGGGUCUGAGUGCACUACAACAUCAAACGACUCUGAAGUUUGUCCAACUCAGGGCAUUGACCUGAACUCUGUCUCCCCAGGCGUAGAGCACGAUGAGGGGGUAUUUGAAUCAAGAAUGAAUUCUUCGCCUCCUUCAGUGUUAUGAUGUAUAUUAUUUUCAUAUUUCGACUUGGGUGAUGGCAAGAAUUAAACAUAUGUACUUUUGUAGGGAUAGAUUUUGAUUUAAAAAAACAUAUUUUGGUGGCAA